GAGUUAACUAAUGAGCUAGAUACAUUAAACAAAACACUCAAAGAACAGAUAGAUGAGUUAUCCGAAAAAAAUGAGACCAUCCAAAUUGAAUUAGAUGAGAAAACAAGAUUAUAUAAGCAAGUUCAAGACCGGUUAGAUAAAUGUCAGGAGGAAUGUUAUCAAAUAAGAGAAUCUUUGGAAGGGGCUCAUGAAAAUAUUACAGAAGUUGAUUUAGGUGCUGUGCAAGGUCGAACAGCAAUCCAAUUGGAAGCGCAAGCAUUAAAUCGGGCAAAUGGACAAGCUGGUAUAGUCUUGGUUGGGGCACCCCUCUAA